AUGGACGAGGAUAUCUCCAACUUCGUCGCCAUCACGGCAGCUAGCCCGGAGGCCGCUCGCGGCUUCCUGGAGAUGACCAACAACAAUCUGGAGCAGGCUAUUCAGCUUUUCUUCGAGAACCCCGACAUUCAGAGUAGUUUCAACCAGCCGUCGGCCACCUCCUCGACAGCGCCGCCAGUGCCCUCGAGCACCCGACCGAAUGUUGGACGGCAGGACGAGCGCGGGGUCAUUCACAUAGAUAGUGAUGACGAUGGCGAUACGGCUAUGACGGUGGACGAUAUGGACGAUAACUUUGGACACGACGACUCCGAGAUUGCGGCAAACGAACAGGUGGCGGCCAUUGCCCGAAGCGCCCAAGAGGAAGAGGAUGCCGCCAUGGCCAAGAGAUUACAAGAGGAACUUUACGGCGGUGGUCCUGGAGGUGGUGGUGGCGGCGCUGGAAUUGGCGGUGGUCAGGAUGAUGUCAGAUCACCCAUCGCCAGAACCACCGAGACGCUGGUUGGAGGCUAUGACGGUGACGAUGGUAUGGACAUGGACACCAUCAUUCGGGCACAAAUGAGACAGAGAGAAGCCGCCAGGGCAGCUCGAGCUGGUGGUGGAAACCCCUUUGCUCAUAACCUGUCCAUCUGGGAUGAUGACAGCCCAGCUGCCGCCCAGCCCGCCCAACCCGCUGCAACGGAAGGCGGCACGCGAGCCCAGAGACUGGCAGAGCUGUUCCGGCCGCCCUACGACAUUAUGUCCAGACUGGAGUGGGACGAGGCGAGACAGGAGGGCAAGGACGAGAAGAAGUGGAUUCUGGUCAACCUCCAGGAUAUGAGCGACUUCAACUGCCAAGCCUUGAAUCGGGAUAUUUGGAAAGAUGCGGCUAUCAGGAGGCUAUUGGAUGAUGCCUUCAUCUUCCUGCAGUAUGACAAGGACGCCAUGGCGGCACAGCAGUACAUCAACUUUUACUUCCACGGCACCGGCCACGAGAACCCAGAUAACUACCCGCAUGUCGCCAUCAUCGAUCCGAGAACAGGAGAGCAGGUCAAGGUUUGGAGUGGAAGACCGUUCCCCAGCGCAUCUGACUUCCACGCGCAGCUGGCCGAAUUCUUGGACCGCUAUAGCUUGGCGGCGAACAGCAAGAACCCCGUAGUGGAUCAAGCAGCGCCCCGCCCCAAGACCGUCGAUGUCGACCGAAUGACGGAGGAUGAGAUGCUGGAGAUGGCAUUGCAAAACAGCCUUGCAGCGUCCAACGGCGGUAGCAGCAGCAGCUCCAAGCCUAAGACGAGCGUAUUCGAUCCUGAUGCGCUGACCAAGUCGGACUCAUCCAGUGGCCGAGGCCAGGGCAUUUCUUCAGUCGAGGAGGCGGCGGGCGGCAUUACUCCCCCUGCUGAGCCGGCAGCGGCGCAGAGCGCCUGGGCCCGGAUUGCGGGUGACAAGCCGCACACGGAGCCAGAGAACAACCCGGCAACGACGACAAGGAUACAAUUCCGACACCCUACUGGACGUGUCAUCCGUCGAUUCAAUCUGGAGGACCCGGUCAGACGCAUCUAUGAGUGGCUCAAGGCCGAGCCCCUCGAGGGCAAGGAAGGAAUUGAGGUUGAAUUGAAGCGUAUGCCGCAGGGCCAGGACUUGAGUGACGGGUUGGACACGACUAUCAUGGAGGCUGGGCUCAAGAACGGCACCGUCAUGAUUGAGUUCAUUGAGGACUAG